AUGAGGGGAACAUUGUAUAAUGAACUCCGCCGGGCAGGACUGUUCUGUGACGCCAUCCUCAAAGUGGAGGAGGUGGAGUUUCCAAUUCACCGGACCAUCCUCUAUGAAUGCAGUCCCUACUUUCAAGCUCUCUUUAAAGACCGUACCACCACAGGCCAGAUUUUCCACAUCCCCCUCGUGUCUCCUGACAUCCUGCGGGUCAUCAUUGAGUUUGCAUACACCGGCUCUGUUGCUUCGACAGAGGACAACGUGCAGGAGUUGAUGAUGACAGCUGAUAUGCUCAACAUAGUCGGCAUCAUACAAGCAUGCUGCCACUUUAUCGGUGAGCUCCUCUGCCCACAGAACUGCGUUGGCAUCUGGAAGUUCACAAACAUCUGCGAAAGCUCCGAGCUGCGGUGCAAGGCCUUCCACUACAUCAUCCAGCACUUUGAGGAGGUCGUUCCUGCUGAAGAGUUCCUGCAGCUCUCUGUGAAAGAGCUGACCGUGUUCAUUGGCAAAGAUGAACUUAACGUGAGGAUAGAAAGUUCUGUGUUUGAAGCAAUCCUGCGCUGGAUCGGCCACAUACCCAGAGAACGAGAGCAACACAUUGCUGUGCUUUUGUCUCAGGUGCGGCUGGGCCUGACCAGCAGAUUGUACAUUUUGACCCAAGUGAUCACCAAUAAGCUGGUGUUGAGCAGCACUGAGUGCAAGCUUAUAACUGAACACUCCAUGUGUAUGUUAUGGCACAUAUCCACAAUAGAACCCUUGCCGUGUGGUCUCAGUAACACUCUCGCCCGUCCUCGUGUGCCUCACUCCUUCCUGUUGGUCACUGGAGGCUGGAGCGAGGGCGUUGAAAGUUGUGAUAUUGUUUCGUACGAUUCCGUCGUUGACCACUGUACCAACAUCUCAGACAAGCUGCAGAAUCCUCUGGCCUAUCAUGGCACUGUCUUCCUCAAUGGUUAUGUCUACUGUGUCGGUGGCAUACAGAGAGAGCACUACUGUAACAACGUGGUCAGGUUGGACCUGAGGACACACGUCUGGCAGGAGGUGGCGCCAAUGCACUUCCACCGCGGCUACGUGAGCGUCACCGUGCUAAACGGGUUCAUCUAUGCCUUCGGCGGCUCUAACGGACUGGUUGAACUCAACACUGGGGAGCGCUACUGUCCCGAAACCAACCAGUGGACACCCAUUGCACCCAUGCACUUGCCGAGGAGCGACGCCAGCUGCACAGUACUGCAUGGCAAGAUAUACAUGUGUGGUGGUUUCACCGGGACCGAGUGCCUGCAGUCGUCUGAAUGUUACGAUCCAGAAACCGACUGUUGGACAAUGAUCAGCCCGAUGAGCUGUGUGCGACGUGGACUGAGAGUUGUUGAAUAUAAUGAGAUAAUCUAUGCAAUCGGUGGCUUCGAUGGAAUCCAGUGUCUGUCAAAUGUUGAGGCCUACGCCCCCGGGUCCAACUCCUGGCACCCGGUGAGCCCCAUGAGCUCUGACCGCAGCAACUUCUGCCUGGAGGUGAUGGAAAACCUGUUGUACGUCAUUGGGGGCUUCAUCGGCAUCUCCAACGUGGACCACAUAGACGUGUAUUGUCCUUCUAGUGACCUCUGGGUCGCCCGUAAAGCCUUCAUGUCCCGCAGCUACGCCAGCUCCUGUGUCGUGUCUGGAAUCCCCAACAUGGCAGAAUUUAUAAUAUCUCGAUACUCACUGCCGCACUUUAAUGAGGAUCUGGGUCCGGGCUUUUUCAGCUGA